AAUCAUCGGUAUAAGAACAAGCUUCCAAAAGGUUGAGACCGGCUAAGACACUCUACGGUUAAGACAGAUUUGGAAUGGGUUCGUUACAAUUGUGAGUGAUGUCUUAUUCAAAGAUACAAAUAUAAACUGACUACAGAACUGUUCACGAGUGACCAUGUUAAACAUUUGACAGUAGCUUUCAAAUCGUUUUUGUCUGAAAGUAUUGGAGAGUAUGAUUACAUAUACAUGCAGACGUCGGCCAAUCCGUGACUUGGAAAGUGAUGUUUAUUUAUAACAACACUUCCAGAAGAAGGAAAGGGAAAUGUUUUUGCGUGUAUUUACCCUGACACAUUGUUUAUUCACUGGACUCCAAACAAAACUAAACAAAACGGCAAAGGAAUAUUUAAUAACACCCCAGUUCUGAUUCGGUGUAAAUUAAGAUACAUUCUUGAAGAAAGGAAAUCUUUUUAACAUCCACUCUCCAUCACAUUGUUUUAUUCUGUGGCAAUUAAGAAAUGAAGGAAUGUGUGUUGUGUGACAACCCAGCACAGUAGUGGAAUAGUGAAAAUUGGGACAGAAACAAUCAAUAUUUCUUUAAACAUACUGUAGCACAUUGUCUAGUUAAUGGAAAUUAAGGAAAUAACUGAAUAUGCGUUGACAUUAUAAUAAACUAUAUGUGUUGUGUUUGUAAAUUUAUUGGGCAGUUUGUGUAAUACACUUAAAUUUUGCCAUUCCAUCACAUAUUAUAAUACUUUUUAGUAAAUCUGAUGUCGCUUGUUUUUGAGGUACUGGCAUGUUUUUGUUGUUUUUUUCACAUAAAAUUAAUUUUGUAUAAACACCACAAUAACAAAAAACAGUAUUUGCCAAAGUUGAUAAGUUAAAUAGUUAUUUGUAAGUAAUAUGUAAAAUAAUGGCACAAAGUUGUAAUAGCCAAAAAUAUUUUCUGUUGCCUGGUAACUAGUGUCUAUGGCUGUAAAUAAAUACUCAAUCAUGUUAUUGUUUAAUUAAUAUUUGAUGGUAUUUAAAUGUUAAUGCAGGUACAGGGAAUUCUUUGUUGAAGAUGUUGAAAAUGUUAUUACUUAGAAGAAAAUAUUUACGUAGGUUUGCAGCAAUGUCAAUUAUUUGUAUUAUGUAUUUGUUAGUUUUCCAUUGGUUGAUACAAAAGACAAGAAAUUCCACUGGGCUAAAUGAAAAAGACACAGAUGUAUUUUAUCCUACAGUUAUAGAUUUAAAACAUGAUACUGUUAGAUUUCAAUCCCUGGUCUCAUCUAUAAAACACCAUAAUUCUGUUCAAUCUAACUCUGUGGUUUCAUCUUUGGAAAAUUAUUAUUUUGUUAAAUUUAAUUCUGUGAUUUCCUCAUCAAGAGACCACAGUUUGGUGAGGGGCUGUAGAGAGCAGACUAAUUUUGUUUUUAUUAAAUGUAUGAAAUGUGCUACAGAGACUCUCGGAACAGUGCUUCGUCGGUUUGGAUACAUACGCAAAUUGUCAUUUGUCACUCCCGUUGGUCGCAACUUUUAUCUGGGUUGGCCGUAUCAAAUGACGAAAUAUGAUUACCAACCGUCAGAAAGACCUUUCAACAUUAUCAUGGAACAUUCCAUUUAUAACAAGACCACGAUGGAAGCAUUGAUGCCAGCCAAUACGUUUUACAUCACCAUUAUCCGAGAACCAUACAGUCAUUUCAAGUCGGUGUUUAACUAUUUCAGCCUGAAAAAAAUUGCCAAUGUAAGCAGCGAAGAUCCAGUUACAGAAUAUUUGCAUAAUCUGGACAAAUAUGAACGUGUGUAUAAAAGUCACGCUGUUUCUCGUAUAAGACCCUGCAUUCCUGACAAUUUCUCCAUCACUAAAAACCUUUUGUCUCACUGCUUAGGAAUGCCGUUAGGUUUUCCCCCGGGCUCCAAGAACAUUACAACUGACACUGAUGCUGUGGAUAGAUACAUUCAGCAAAUUGACAAUGAUUUCUCCCUCGUCAUGAUCAUGGAAUACUUCCACGAAUCUCUUGUUCUCCUCAAACGGAUUAUGUGCUGGUCGUUUAAAGACAUCGUUUACUGGAAAGUCAACGUUGCAAAUUAUUUCAGGAAGCUGGACCCGCCCACGGAGGAUAAUGUUAACAUUUAUCGGAAAUGGAGUGUAUUAGAUUACAAGCUGUAUGAUCAUUUUAACAAAACGUUCUGGCGGAAGGUUCAGCAGCAGGGUUCUGAUUUUUUCCGGGAAGUUAAGUACUUCUCGGUGAUUCAGCAGAAAGUACGGAACUUCUGUAGAACUCGCAUCUCGAAGAACGUUACGUUCAGUAAAACUCUGUGGAAUGAGCAGCUUGAAUUCACAUCCGAUGACUGCAAGCCAUUGAGACAGAUGCUGAUGUUCGCUAUUAAAAGACAACGUCAGAAAGAUGAAAAUAAUCCCCAACCUCCCACCAGGACACCAGGCGAUCCAAACACUCCUUUGUGUUAAUAGAAAAUGUGUAACAAAGUCUUUGUGUUGAUAAUUAUAAGAUAUUAAACAAGCUUCCAUUUCGUAUCAUGUUUAUGUCCCGAGUGAAAUAAUUUUCAGUUGUCAUGAGCUUUAGCGAGUGA